CGCUUCCCUCGAAAAUCCGCCAGCUGAAGGUAACUGACACUUCCACGGCUUCAGAUCUCUUCCCACAACGGGUUACAGAAGGCAAAGAGGAGCAAAAAAAAAAAACGAAAAAAAACCAAAAAAACCCCAACCCACUUAGUUCCCGUGUUAAAAUUCUGCAAGUUCUGCUCCAGUGGCAGUGGGUUUUGCAGCUCAGCUCUGCCUGCACAGCAGCAGGAGGGCGAGCGCUGCUCUGGGUUACGCUGCUCCAACUUCUCCUGCUGGCGGUUUCUCGGGUUAGUGGUUACUGAGUUGUGUUUGAUGGCUUCGGGCACAGAUAAAGCACUGCAUGGCACGUUCGCUCCCAGAACGUGAGCCGCCUUCUCUCAGCUCAAGGGAAACACACGAGGUGACCACAGAAUUGAGGAACAACACUGAAUGCAUAACUCACUCUGCUCUGCUAGGGCAAAAGCCAUCUCCUACCCUCCGCAGCCCCAAAACAUAAGGUAGAUUUCCAAAAAUCUGUGCUGAAGCUUCCGGAUGAACAAGAAUGAGAACGCAGGCUCGGGCGCUUGGAGGGCGAGGGUAAGAGAUUUCAGAGGCUGCUGCUCCCAGCUGCCGAGACGAGCACCCGCGAGCCCAUCGGCGCGGUGCCAGGGGAGAUGUGAUCUCUCGAGUUCCUCCUCGACAGGCCCGGGAGCGCUGCCGCAACGAGUAUGGGCUUCCAGCUCUUGCACCGCUCCAGCCUGACUGCAAGAGCUUGUCCAGCGAUGCCCCGAGGCCCAUGGAAGCCCUGAGACACGGGGGCAGCUCCGAGCACUCCUGCCCUUCCUGCUCGCCCCAAAGCUGCCGGCAGCGACCCACCGCCCGGCUCUCGCUUGGCCCAGAGAUGGCGAGCUCGGAGAGACGCCGCUCUGAAAUCCAGCCCGAGGUCCAGAGAGAGCUGCAAGGCUCUCUUCCAAAUCUGGAAAAGGACAAGCCUGCUUUUCUUUCUGAUAAGGGAUAAAUUUAGUAGCGAGCCUCCAGAAACUUGCGGUGUCUCCGUACGGAGCUUGGCAUCUGAAACACCCCCUGCACAAACAGCCCCAAGCUGGGCUUUGCCACGGCGCUGCCCUCGGGGGGCAGCCGGGGCACCCCUGGGUGACGACUGCUCAUAUCCCCCCCCAAACCCACCCGCAAAGCUGCCCAGGGCUCCAACGUGUGCCAACAGCCCCCCCCGUCCUCAUUUACACCACGGAGGGGCUCCACCGGGACUCGUGGCACAGCCCCUGCCCCGCGCUGCUGCCCGCAGCCACUGCCCGGAGCUCCGGAGGGACGCUGAGGAAAGGCGCCCGCGCCUCCCCAGCCGUGUCGCCUCCCCGCGAAGCCAUCCUGCGAGUCACCGAGCCACCCCAGCUCGCCUCAAAUCAAGUGUGAGAUUUAAUUUCAAGCCCUAGCACGGGAAUGAAAGAGAACAGCUCUCACCGCUCCGCAUCGAUCGCUUUUAUUGAGCUUUUACUUACAAGAAUCGCCCUGGAAAGAUCCCAUCUCAACUUCCAGACCUGGGUGAGAGAACCCAGGCUCAGGACCAAGUUCAAAAAGCCCCAAGCAGCGUCUGCGAGGCAGACAGAGCGCCUGCACCGCGCCAGGCGUUGGACGGGCCUGGACAUCGACCACAGCCAGGAGCCCAGCUGGACGGCGCGCCGCCCGUGCGGGCAUGAACCUGCCAGCAUGCCACGGGGGGGCCGCGCUUCUCCCAGGACGCCUGGGGGCUUUUCUCUUCCAGCUUCUGCUCCUGGUCGGAGUUGGAUUUUUUUUUUCGUUUUUAUUUUUGCCAACAGCCGUUCCCAUUCCCCUUCCCGGGCCCUCAGCCCGUCCCAGGAGGGCCGCUGGCUGGCUGCCCCCCACCAGCCACACCGGGAGCAGGCCCACGGGGUCCUCCCCUCCGCGAGGGACGCGCCCCGCACACGCAGCCCCAGCAAGGCCGGCGAGAUUUCGGCGGCUCUCAAAGGGCAGCUUCCUUCGGAGGAUUCACUUCUCCGAGCCACGUGCCGCCAGAGGCGGAUGCGGUCAGAGCAGGAACGCGAGGUUCUGCCGCCUUCCACCGCAGGGCGCAUCGCCUGCCCCCGGCACCCCUCUUCCUCCUCGCCACGAGCGGCCUUGCAGGAGAGUCCGAAGAGAUCCUGGAGCACGACGGCACCGCCUGGCCCUCGGGCACCCCAAAAGGGGAGUCCUCCCCCACUGCUGCCCCGCGGGGGCACCCCCAGCCCCUCGCCAUCACCAGCAGCGAGAGGCCGCCUUUGUGCACGGGCCUCUGGCCGCCGACACGGCCGCCAGGGGAGGGACCCCGCAGGCGUGGAGCGGGGCCAGCCGCUGGUCGGCUCCACGCGCUCGCCCCUCAGGGCUUGUGGGUGCUCGGGGGAGCCAAGGCGGCGGUGUCACAGCGGGUCACGCCGUGUGUGAUGCGGGGCUUGUGCCCGAUGCAGAAACACACGCUGGGGGGCAGAGCAGAGCGGUGUUUGCUCACCUUAAGGAGCUUAAAAGCCUUUACAAAACUGGGUUUGUGAAGUGCAAGGGCAGGGAGUGAGCGGCCGCAGGCUGGCUCGGCACCCCGGCUGGAAGGCAGACGGCCACGCGAGCUCCCAGCAAGAGCAGAAGUGCCGAGGAGUUGGACAUGGGGAUGCUGUGGGUCCCCUCCGACUCAGGACAUUGUGUGACCUCGGGAUAUUCCUUGUGUGACCUCGGGAUAUUCUGUGGCAAACACCAGGAGACCUCGAGGACGAGGCGUGCGUUUGACAAAGCAGCGCUCCCCAACACACCGGCGCUAAGGAGCAGGCUCCUAAGACCCAGAAGCAAAUUUCACUUCUCCCAUUUGUACCCUGAGUGACUCAUUUUCUGUGAAGACUUCUUAAAAUUUCCCAACUGCCUGUCAAGAGAAGACAAGGAAAUUUACUGCAGAAAGCCUGCAAGACGCUUCCUUGAGAUUAAGACCGCAGCCUGCCUUUGUGCUUUGCUGAGCCCAAACCACCUAGCCAACAAACCACGCAACGAAAGCUCAAGUGACCUCCAAGGCAGGAGCCUCACCCUUCUGCGUGAACAUUUCCAGCCACCCCACGGCAGCAGCAGGGCACCAAGGCAAAGCAUGGGCCAGAUCCUGGCUCCACAGCUCACUGGCAAAGCAAACCCAGCCUAACCCGAGGCGCAGCGGCGCUGCUGAGGGCUAAGCCCAGAAGAUGCAGGACGUGGCCAAGAGGCUCCCUGCGGCACCCGGCUCUCACCAGGUCGGCUGCGGGAGGGAUUUACGCGCAGCGCGAGGACCACGGCAGCGGGGAAGGAUUACUCCCUGCUCCGGGAAGGGCUGACGAGGGAGGACCGGCACUGAGGACGAACCCGGAGCCAAGGGCAGCCGCCACCUGGCCAGCAGCCUCCUCGGGAGAGGCCCUGGAAACGAAGAUGAACAGCUAAUGAGCUUACGGGACACGGCGGCGUGGGGCAGCUUCUCCAGGCUCCCGAAACGGGCGCUUCGGCAUCCCGAUCCCUCUCCCUUCUGAGGCCGUUCCGCCAGCUCAGCACCAAACCCCGGCCUCCUGGGGUUUGUCACAGCUGAGGCUCCUCUGCGGGACGUCCCCGGGACCAUCCACACCGAGCAGCCUCCGCAGCGGUCCCAGCUCCAGCUCAGUGCUCCAAGCACACGAUCGCGUCCUUCCCCCCAGAGGGGAUGAGAAACGGCCUUGAGUGCUCCAAGCCUCGGCCCCGAUCAGCAAGGGGAGCGCGCUCAGCACCGCAAGGAGCCGGACAGCCAGGCGAAGCCUCCCUUAAGCCCCCGGCGGGGCUCAGCUCCCAGGGCACAUCCUGCCACGGUGCUCAGCAGAGCCCCACGCAGCAUUUCCCCAUCCCCUACCAGGAGGGAAGCCAACCUUCCUCAAACAGCUGCGAAAUCCAGACCCAGCGUUAGUCCAAACAGAUAAAAAAAAUAGGCAGAAACUAUGAAGUGCAGCUCCCGUGACCUCUCCUAUGUCUCCGACAGAGGUUGGGGUCGUUACCAUUUCCACAGACGCCUCUUAUGACAUUUUAAGGAAGUUUUGACGUCCCCGGGCAUAUUUCCACGCUCUGCUCUGGCAAACAGCACAACUGCCAUUUGCCGGCUCCAAUUACGAGAGCAGCGAUUCCUCGUAAAUGAACACUUCUGAAACACCCUGAAAGAAGACAGGGGACGUAAAUAUUUCAGAAGGUUAAAAUCUAAAUGUUACUCAAAGGAAAACAAAUACUGACUUGAUAGGUAGUCUUGCUGAAAAAGGACAAACAUUUUGGACGCUUCAGAAGCCAGACCUGCACCAAGCCCCUUCUGGAGAUGCGGGUACCAGCAGCCAGCUUCCGCGCCUGCCCAACACCAGCGCCGGAACACACGACCUGGGUCGAGGCCUCCUCGGCUUCUCCUUCCUGGAUCCAGCACAAAAGCCACGCUGAGAGGGCCGAGCUCGGCAGGCAGGCGGCUCACGGCGAGCCCCAGG